UAAAGUCAGCGAAUGAAAAAUUAUAAAUUGUAGAGAAAUUUGUGUGGCUACUUAUUAAUUGUAAAUUCAUGUAAAAAUUGAAAUUUAAUAAAAUUACAAAAAAGAAAUACAUCGUCUAUAUUGGGAACUAUAACAAAUUAAUAGAAAAAUGAUUGGUGGUUUGUUUGUAUACAACCACAAAGGCGAAGUUCUAAUUAGUCGGGUCUAUCGAGAUGAUAUCGGUCGUAAUGCAGUGGAUGCGUUCCGAGUCAACGUCAUCCAUGCUCGACAGCAAGUACGAUCACCGGUUACCAAUAUAGCUAGGACAAGCUUUUUCCAUAUUAAGCGUGCCAACAUUUGGUUGGCUGCUGUGACCAAACAAAAUGUAAAUGCUGCCAUGGUUUUUGAGUUUUUGCUCAAGAUCAUUGAGGUCAUGCAAUCGUAUUUUGGUAAAAUUUCCGAGGAAAAUAUAAAGAACAACUUUGUUCUCAUCUAUGAGCUUCUGGAUGAAAUUCUUGAUUUCGGUUACCCUCAAAAUACCGAUUCCGGUACUUUGAAGACGUUUAUAACUCAACAAGGCAUCAAGUCAGCAACGAAAGAAGAGCAGAUGCAAAUUACUUCUCAAGUUACUGGUCAAAUUGGUUGGCGUCGUGAAGGCAUUAAAUACCGACGUAAUGAACUAUUCUUAGAUGUUUUGGAGUAUGUUAACUUACUAAUGAGCCCACAAGGUCAAGUGUUGUCCGCUCAUGUUGCUGGUCGGGUGGUAAUGAAAUCCUACUUGUCAGGUAUGCCGGAAUGCAAAUUUGGCAUAAAUGACAAAAUUGUAAUGGAAUCUAGAGGCCGUGGACUUUCGGGAAACACUGAAGCCGAUACUUCUCGUUCUGGCAAACCAGUUGUCGUAAUUGAUGAUUGUCAAUUUCAUCAGUGUGUUAAAUUGAGUAAAUUCGAGACAGAGCACUCAAUAAGUUUUAUACCGCCGGACGGUGAAUUUGAGUUGAUGCGUUAUCGAACAACAAAAGAUAUAUCCUUACCAUUCCGUGUUAUACCGCUUGUUCGGGAGGUGGGACGCACUAAAAUGGAAGUUAAAGUGGUAUUGAAAUCGAACUUUAAACCCUCGCUAUUAGGACAAAAAAUUGAAGUAAAAAUUCCAACGCCACUUAAUACAUCUGGUGUUCAAUUGAUUUGUCUAAAAGGAAAAGCUAAAUAUAAAGCUUCUGAAAAUGCCAUUGUAUGGAAGAUAAAACGCAUGGCUGGCAUGAAAGAAACCCAAUUGUCUGCUGAAAUUGAACUUCUUGAAACAGAUACUAAAAAGAAAUGGACACGACCACCAAUUUCCAUGAACUUCGAGGUGCCAUUUGCUCCGUCUGGAUUCAAAGUACGUUAUCUUAAAGUAUUUGAGCCCAAAUUGAAUUACUCUGAUCACGACGUUGUAAAAUGGGUACGUUAUAUCGGACGCAGUGGUCUCUAUGAAACUCGUUGUUAAAUGUAGCCUCCUUCUAGUUACAUACAUACGUACAUCCAAGUUAUUAUAUGUUGAAAAAUUCCUUUAGCAAUACUUACAUUUGCAUUAUCAACAAAUUGGCAAGUUUAAAGUGUUAAACAAUUAAGAUAAAGAAUUUUGACCAAUUUAAAAAAUUGGAACACAAAAUGUUAUAAUAUGUAAUUCCAAUAAUAUAUUCAAUAUACAACCUAUUAUUUAACUGUAUUAGUUUAUAUGUAUUUCUAUUUUUUUAUUUUUUUUUAAAUUUUCCCACUCCAUUUCUUAUGUUUGUUUUUUUUUCUACAACAUUUAACGUAUUGUGUGUUGUUAUGAAAUAUUUUUCUUAUUUUGUAUAAUAAUAUGUUUAAAUCAAUAUUUUAAUUAUAAUUAAAACACAAAUUCCACAUGAAAGUAAAAAUAUGUACACUUCGGAAUCUUUUUAAUUUGUUUUAUAAACCCAUUUAAAGAAUCCAAUCAAGUACUCUUUCCAUCGUAUUGGAAUUUUGCGACAUGUCUGCAUACUAGUUUAUGCUGAACAUGACAUCAAAUGUAUUGUCUGGCUCAUUAAACUUUCAUAAACUAUUAAGCAAAAACAAGACAAUUUCAUAAUUGCUAUUUAUUCUAAGUAAUGUUUAAUUUUAUUCAAAUUAAUAUUCGCUUAAAAUGAAGGGAAAUACAUAUACCUAAAUGUGACCGUACCUUUAGAUAAUUGGUGAAAAUAUUGAUCAGUGUAAAAGCCAGAGUUUUAAAUCGUCACUAAUCAAAUAUAAAAUGAUGAUAGAAUGCCAGCAACACAUAAACAUUAAAAUAAUAUAACAUUAAUAAAAUAAUCGUUAAUUAGAUAAAAUAUAAUCAUUAUUACAAUAUACUAUAUACAUAAACAUAUAUAUUACUGAACAAAUAUAUACAUACAUACUCGAAUAGUAUUAAAAUAAUAAAA